UAAAAAUUUACUCACCAUUUAAGUUUAACGAAAAAAAUGUUACUGAAAAAUAUUAAAAAAUCGAAAUCUGACGUAGAAAAAUUAUACCAUACUUUCGAGCUAGUGAGAUGCUACAUGCGUUUAGGAGUUGAUUACUUUAAAGAAUGUCGUAGCAUGGCUAAACAAUGUUUAGAACUAUCGGAAAAUAUAAACAGUCAUACGUGGACAGUUAACUCACUAGUUUGGUUAGCACUUGCCGAAUGCCGGUUAGGAAAUAAACUAGAAUGUUACAGGAAGAUAAAUGUAGCUUUCAACAUUUCAAAACAACUUAAAGAGCCUGGAGUGACGCUAUUUUUAGAGAAGAUGAGAUCGGUAAUUUCGGAUUUGGAUGUUGCAAGACUCAACCAGAAUGAAAAACGUAAAGCUGAGAUAGUAAAUUUUAUGCCAAAUUUAGAGACGAAAAUGAAAGCUAUGUAUAUGUUUAGACAAUUAGACACAAUGCCAGAAGAUCGACAAAUGUCGUUGGUACCUGGUAUAUCUCUAACUGGAGUAAAUAGCAAAUAUACUUCAUCUAAAGCAGCUCACAAGUAUUUAUCUAUAAUACCAGGAAGUCAGGCUAAGAGACUGGGAGUUCUUAAAAACAAACUUCAAAAAAAUAUAGUGUUAAAUGUAUCUUUAAAAAAUUUAAAUUAAACAAAAAAAAUUGUUUACAUAAUUAUAAUUUAUUUCAAGCUAUAAAUUACUUAAACUAAUAAGAUGUUUCGUUUGAUAAAAGUAGCAAAAUCAUUUACAGAGUUAAAAUAACACCUAGAAAAUAAUAACUCUGUGUGUGACAUAGUUAUGAAAAAAAAUUCUAUAUAUUUUUUAUUUAUUUGUGAUAUGUCUAUAAUAAACUUAUAAAGUUAUAAUAAGGUUGACUUUUAAAAACCCAGCACAAGGGGGUGGCGGCACAGCAGUAACGUAGCAUAGCUUGGUCAAGUAUAAUAAUAUCUGACAGUGAUUAAAAUCACAAUCAUAAAAGACGUUCGAUGCAAAUUUGUACAUAGUGUUUAAUUUUAAAAAAUUGUUGGGUUAUUCCAAAAACUACAUGGCUUCC